AUGAAGCUCCAUUCCUCGAUGCAUAUCAAGCGCCGCGGCGGUGGCAAGCGGAAUGCUCGUCAGAAAAAGCCCGGCGGUGAAGAUGGAACUUUAGAUUGUAAGGAAAUCUUGGUUCCCGAAGAGGGUCCGGCGGAUUUUAGACCGGAGAAGAGGUUGAAAGCCGGGGAUUUCAAUGCGGGUUGCGGUUCUUCGUCGUCGCUGGAAGUUUCCGAGAAAUCACGCGAGCUUCCUCGUGAGGUGGAAAAGGGAGAGGGUGAUACGAUCAGGGAGGAGAAGGACUCGGGUGCCGGAGGGUCCCGGCAAGUGACCCGUUUGUGUUUCGGGUCUAUUUCCGUAAUGGGUCGGAGUAGAGUGAUGGAGGAUGCAUUGACGGCUUCGCCCGGAAUUCUCGCCGGCCGGUAUGAAUUCUUUGCGGUGUACGACGGCCACGGCGGAGCCAUGGUGGCGCAUUCGUGCCGGGACCGAUUGCACCACCUGCUCGAGGAGGAGUUAAUGGAAGCGGAGGAGCCCACCACUAGCACCAGCGCCGAUGCCGCCGCGGGAAUCCCCUCCGGCAGCGGCGAAACCGAAAGUAAAAUGAAUAGGAUACAGUAUUGGACGAGCAUCAUGGAAGCAACCUUCUCGAAGAUGGAUGAAGAAGUGCAAGUUCAAGCGAAUGAGGUUGGAAAAGUGGGGGAAAGGGAGGUGGGAUCGACGGCGGUGGUGGCGGUGGUCGGGACGGAGGAGUUGGUGGUGGCGAAUUGUGGGGACUCCAGGGCGGUACUUAGCCGUGGUGGAGUGGCAUUGCCACUAUCCAAUGAUCAUAAGCCUGAUAGACCUGAUGAGAAGGAUAGAGUGGAAGCUGCUGGAGGAAAAAUAAUCGACUGGGAUGGUUGUCGCGUACAAGGAGUUCUUGCUACUUCAAGAUCAAUAGGGGAUCACUAUUUGAAACCAUACGUGAUCUCAAAGCCAGAGGUCACUGUGAACAAAAGGACCGAAGUAGAUGAGUUUCUCAUUGUAGCAACAGAUGGCCUUUGGGAUGUGCUGUCAAAUGAUACCGCCUGCGAAGUGGUAAGACGAUGCUUCAAUGGUCAAAAAUACAGAAAUUUCAUAAGGGAAUCUGAUAUUCCUGCAGAAGCUGCAGCAGUCAUAUUAGCAGAGUUGGCCAUGGCAAAAGGAAGCAGAGACAACAUAAGUGUUAUUGUGGUUGAUCUCAAGGAGGCAGGCAGCAAAAUUUCUGGUUGUUGA